GUGGGGAAGAGAUGUUCAAACCCCUGUAGCAUGCAUGCUGUAUCCUGUGAAAUAUGCCUGCAGAGACUUGAAAGAACUAGUGGGACAGCAGUGGGUCGAUUCCAGUUUCACCGUGGAAACAUUGGCAGCUGACCUGGCCCCGCCUAUCUUUGGGGUUUGGUGGGGAUAAAGUACACGUGGCCUGCAAAUAAGAGAAGGAAAGCAAGACAGAGGGAGCCCAGCCGGGGCUGUGGAUAAAGAUGGCACUCAGCCGUUGCGUGAAGCUGAAUGAUGGGCACCUCAUGCCCGUUCUUGGACUUGGCACUCUCGUCUCUGAAGGGGUCCCUAAGAGCAAGGCUACAGAGGCCACCAGAGUGGCUAUCGAGGUAGGUUACCGUCACAUUGAUGCAGCCUACUUCUAUGAAAACGAGGAGGAGGUGGGCAACGCCCUUCGGGAGAAGAUCGCGGAUGGCACCGUGAAGAGGGAGGAGCUGUUCUACACCACCAAGCUUUGGGCUACUUUCUUUCGACCCGAAUUGGUUCGACCAGCCCUGGAAAGAUCUCUGAAGAAACUUCGGCUGGAUUAUGUUGAUCUCUUCAUUAUUCACGUGCCAUUCAUGAUGAAGCCUGGGGAGGAGCUUCUGCCUAAGGAUGCCAAUGGGAAAAUUAUUUUUGAUACGGUGGACCUGCGUGACACAUGGGCGGCUCUGGAGAAGUGUAAAGAUGCAGGCUUGACCAAAUCCAUCGGGGUGUCCAAUUUCAAUCACAAGCAGCUGGAGAUGAUCCUGAACAAGCCAGGGCUCAAGUACAAGCCCGUCUGCAACCAGGUGGAAUGCCACCCUUACCUCAAUCAGAGCAAACUUCUGGAGUUUUGCAAGUCCAAGGACAUCGUUCUAGUUGCCUACAGUGCUCUGGGAUCCCAAAGAAACUCAAACUGGGUGGACGAUAGCAACCCAUAUCUCUUAGAGGAUCCAGUCUUAAAUGCUAUUGCCAAGAAACACAAUAGAAGCCCAGCCCAGGUUGCCCUGCGCUACCAGCUGCAGCGGGGAGUGGUGGUCCUGGCCAAGAGCUUCAAUGAGCAGAGGAUCAAAGAGAACUUCCAGGUUUUUGACUUUGAAUUGCCUCCAGAAGAUAUGAAAACAAUCGAUGGCCUUAACCGAAAUUUAAGAUAUUUUAAGUUACUCUUUGGUGUCGGUCACCCUUGCUACCCCUAUUCCGAAGAGUAUUGAGCGGGAGCUCUCCAUCGUGUGGUCUACCAGAACCUCUUGCUUCUAGGGCUGUGAGGAGGGUUUCUGUACUUGGUAGAGGUGUUUAAUAAAAUAAAUGUCUGAACUUCUGAAA